ACCCUGCGCCGCCAUGGCUCCUGUGCAGCUGGAGAACCACCAGCUGGUGCCACCCGGAGGCGGGGGGAGCGGCGGCCCCGCGUCAGCCCCGGCACCCCCUCCCCCGGGAGCUGCCGUGGCGGCGGCCGCGGCGGCGGCGGCCAGCCCCGGCUACCGGCUCAGCAGCCUCAUCGAAUUCUUGCUCCACAGGGCCUACUCGGAGCUCAUGGUGCUGACGGAUCUACUGCCGAGGAAAUCUGAUGUAGAAAGGAAAAUAGAAAUUGUGCAGUUUGCCAGCCGAACACGCCAACUCUUCGUUCGAUUAUUAGCUUUAGUAAAAUGGGCUAAUAAUGCUGGCAAAGUGGAAAAAUGUGCGAUGAUUUCCAGUUUUUUAGAUCAGCAAGCCAUCCUGUUUGUGGACACAGCUGACCGCCUGGCCUCCUUAGCUCGAGACGCUCUGGUCCAUGCACGCCUGCCCAGCUUUGCCAUCCCCUAUGCCAUUGAUGUACUGACUACUGGGUCUUAUCCACGGCUGCCAACCUGCAUUAGGGAUAAAAUUAUUCCUCCCGAUCCAAUCACCAAAAUUGAGAAACAAACCACUCUUCAUCAGCUGAACCAGAUUCUUAGACAUCGGCUUGUCACCACAGAUCUCCCUCCUCAGUUAGCGAAUCUUACAGUUGCCAAUGGCCGAGUGAAGUUUCGAGUUGAAGGAGAAUUUGAAGCUACCUUGACUGUGAUGGGCGAUGACCCCGAUGUGCCAUGGCGUCUUCUCAAGCUGGAAAUUCUGGUUGAAGAUAAGGAAACGGGAGAUGGACGCGCGUUGGUGCAUAGUAUGCAAAUCAACUUUAUCCAUCAGCUGGUGCAGUCUAGGCUCUUUGCUGAUGAGAAACCUCUUCAGGACAUGUACAACUGCCUACAUUCGUUCUGCUUAUCACUGCAAUUAGAAGUGCUACAUUCCCAAACUCUGAUGUUAAUCCGAGAGCGCUGGGGAGACCUUGUGCAAGUGGAGAGGUACCAUGCUGGAAAGUGCCUCUCCCUCUCCGUGUGGAAUCAACAGAUUCUGGGGAGAAAAACUGGGACAGCAUCUGUUCACAAAGUUACAAUUAAAAUUGAUGAGAAUGAUGUCUCUAAGCCUUUACAAAUUUUUCAUGACCCUCCCCUGCCAGCUUCUGAUUCCAAGUUAGUAGAAAGAGCAAUGAAGAUUGAUCAUUUAUCAAUAGAAAAACUCCUGAUUGACAGCGUCCAUGCGAGGGCUCAUCAGAAACUCCAGGAAUUGAAGGCCAUUCUGAGAGGCUUCAAUGGCAACGAAAAUUCUUCCAUAGAGACUGCACUUCCAGCCCUUGUUGUUCCUAUCUUGGAGCCCUGCAAUAGUUCGGAGUGUCUACAUGUUUUUGUAGAUUUGCAUUCUGGGAUGUUCCAGUUGAUGCUUUAUGGACUUGACCAGGCUACUUUAGAUGAUAUGGAGAAGUCUGUGAAUGAUGAUGUUAAACAGAUUAUCCCAUGGAUUCAACAACUUAAGUUUUGGCUUGGACAGCAGCGUUGCAAACAAUCUAUAAAACACCUGCCUACCAUAAGCAGUGAAACAUUGCAGCUUUCCAAUUACUCAACCCAUCCUAUUGGUAAACUUUCUAAGAAUAAGUUGUUUAUUAAACUCACCCGGCUUCCACAAUACUACAUUGUUGUGGAGUUGCUGGAGGUUCCCAAUAAACCCACUCAGCUGGCAUACAAAUACUACUUCCUGUCUGUGAACAGUACAGACCGCGAGGACACCCCGGGCACUGCAGUCAUGCUGCAGCAGUUCAAGGAAAGCAUCCAGGACAUGGUUGUGCAUGUGAAAGCUGGGAAACAGCCUAGAACCGGUGCCAAGCGCAAGUUGUCUGGUGAUCCGUGUCCAGUAGAACCCAAGAGAACCAAGCGAUCAGGAGAAAUGUGUGCCUUCAAUAAAGUACUAGCUCACUUUGUCGCUAUGUGUGAUACAAACAUGCCAUUUGUAGGACUUCGGUUGGAGUUGUCCAAUUUGGAGAUCCCACAUCAAGGAGUGCAAAUGGAAGGCGAUGGCUUCAGUCAUGCAAUCCGCUUACUAAAAAUUCCUCCAUGUAAGGGUGUAAGUGAGGAAACCCAAAAGACCCUGGACCGCUCGCUUCUUGACUGCACUUUCCGAUUACAAGGGAGAAAUAACCGCACGUGGGUGGCAGAGCUAGUGUUUGCAAAUUGCCCGCUUAAUGGCACUUCAACCAGGGAGCAAGGGCCGUCCAGGCAUGUAUAUCUGACAUAUGAAAAUCUGUUGUCUGAACCCGUUGGUGGUCGAAAAGUGGUUGAAAUGUUCCUUAAUGACUGGACUAGCAUUGCCCGAUUAUAUGAGUGUGUGCUGGAAUUUGCACAUUCUUUACCAGAGAUACCUGCUCAUCUAAAUAUUUUCUCAGAAGUCCGUGUUUAUAAUUAUCGAAAACUGAUCUUGUGUUAUGGAACCACCAAGGGAAGCUCAAUUAGUAUCCAAUGGAAUUCUGGACAUCAGAAAUUUCACAUUUCAUUAGGAACUGUUGGCCCAAACUCAGGCUGCAGUAACUGUCACAACACCAUCCUCCACCAGCUUCAAGAGAUGUUCAACAAGACACCAAACGUGGUGCAGUUGUUGCAGGUCCUAUUUGACACUCAGGCUCCCUUAAAUGCCAUCAACAAGCUUCCCACCGUGCCCAUGUUGGGUUUGACCCAGAGAACCAACACUGCCUAUCAGUGCUUCUCUAUUCUGCCACAGUCAUCCACCCACAUCAGACUGGCCUUCAGGAACAUGUAUUGCAUCGACAUAUACUGCCGGAGUCGAGGCGUUGUAGCAAUUCGGGAUGGUGCCUAUAGUCUUUUUGAUAAUAGCAAACUAGUUGAAGGUUUUUAUCCUGCGCCAGGAUUAAAGACAUUCCUGAAUAUGUUUGUUGACAGCAAUCAGGAUGCCCGAAGGAGGUCUGUAAAUGAAGAUGAUAAUCCUCCUUCUCCUAUAGGAGGAGAUAUGAUGGAUUCUUUAAUAUCCCAACUCCAGCCCCAGCCACCAGCCCAACAGCAGCCAUUUCCGAAGCAACCUGGAUCAUCAGGUGUAUAUCCCCUGACUUCCCCUCCUACAUCUUACCACAGCACAGUCAAUCAGUCUCCCUCUAUGAUGCACACACAGUCCCCAGGAAACCUGCAUGCUGCCAGCUCCCCCAGUGGGGCUUUGAGAGCCCCAUCACCAGCAUCAUUUGUUCCAACUCCUCCCCCAUCCUCGCAUGGAAUCUCAAUAGGACCAGGGGCCAGUUUUGCUAGUCCACAUGGAACCCUUGACCCUAGUUCACCAUACACCAUGGUCUCACCAAGUGGACGAGCGGGGACCUGGCCAGGGUCUCCUCAAGUGUCUGGCCCCUCACCAGCCACACGCAUGCCUGGAAUGUCACCAGCUAACCCAUCGCUGCAUUCUCCAGUUCCAGAUGCUUCUCAUUCCCCUCGAGCUGGAACGAGUUCCCAAACGAUGCCAACAAACAUGCCUCCGCCCCGCAAACUACCUCAGCGCUCCUGGGCAGCAUCCAUCCCGACCAUCCUCACACACAGUGCCUUGAACAUUUUACUGCUGCCCUCUCCAACACCAGGCCUCGUACCUGGCCUGGCAGGUAGUUACCUGUGUUCACCACUUGAGAGAUUCCUUGGAUCAGUCAUCAUGAGGCGACACCUCCAAAGGAUUAUUCAACAAGAAACGCUACAGCUGAUAAAUUCCAAUGAGCCAGGUGUGAUCAUGUUUAAGACUGAUGCACUGAAAUGCAGAGUAGCCCUUAGCCCCAAAACCAACCAGACGCUUCAGCUGAAAGUGACGCCUGAAAAUGCAGGACAGUGGAAACCGGAUGAGCUUCAAGUUUUGGAGAAAUUCUUUGAAACCAGGGUUGCAGGACCACCAUUUAAAGCCAAUACGUUAAUAGCCUUCACCAAGCUGUUAGGAGCGCCUACACACAUCCUCAGAGACUGUGUGCACAUUAUGAAGUUAGAGCUGUUCCCUGAUCAAGCAACGCAGCUCAAGUGGAACGUUCAAUUUUGCCUGACGAUCCCACCCAGCGCCCCUCCCAUAGCUCCUCCGGGGACUCCUGCUGUGGUGCUGAAGUCCAAAAUGCUGUUUUUUCUUCAGCUGACCCAGAAAACAUCGGGGCCUCCCCAAGAGCCUGUUAGCAUUAUAGUUCCCAUCAUUUAUGACAUGGCUUCUGGUACCACCCAGCAGGCAGACAUCCCCAGACAGCAGAACUCUUCUGUUGCUGCUCCCAUGAUGGUCAGCAGCAUUCUAAAGAGAUUUGCAGAGAUGAAUCCACCUCGACAAGGUGAAUGCACAAUAUUUGCAGCAGUUCGCGAUUUAAUGGCUAAUCUUACACUGCCCCCUGGUGGGCGUCCAUAAACACUAUUGCUUUUAAACCAGGAAGGCUGACAAAUGAGACAAAAACAACAAAAUCAAUCAAUAAAUAAAUUUGAAUUCAGCCUUCAUAUUAAAAAAGACAAAGGACUUUUUGACUUUUAAGAGCUAAAAAUUCUAAACUGGCAAAAAAAUUUUUCAGGGUGCACUUCUUUCAUCAAAAAGAUCAUCAAUCUUUUGUAUAGUUCACUUGUACAGUGUGUUUAAAUGGAACACAUUUCCAAGUAGGUAAUACAUCCGUAUCCACUUGCCAGUGAUAGAUUUAAUAUUGUUUUCUACUAUAACAUUAUGAAAUGCCAAACUUGUUUAUUUAAUUGUUUUCUUAUGUUUUGGGUGUAAUAGUCCUUUUGUUUUUGUUUUCUUGUUUUGUUUUGUUUUGAAGGCAGGUCUGCCACUUUUGAAUACUGUAAAACUGUGAUAAACUUUAUAUUGAAGCUGUAUUUUAAUAUUACCGCUUUGAAUCCUUACAUGAAAAUGUUUGGGAGUUGUUAUAAACAGAUCCCAAAGAAGCAAUAUUUAAUAAAAUGUAGGUUUAAAAAACAAACACCAACGGCAAUGACAAAAACCAAGAAUACUCACGUGUGUAUGUAUAAGCUCCCUAAACUUUUCCGAGCCUCCCUUCAUCUUUAACCCGGUGAGGCCAAUAAUUCAUUUCUAACUACACAAGUCUGAAAUUUGACCAAAAAACAUCUUCUUUAUUUCAAGGUAAUUUCUUUUCUUCCACACUCCUAACCUGACUGCUGGUUGACAUUUAGCACCUUGGCGGUUUUUUUAGUGUAGGAUUUGUGGGGGAAGGAGAGCCUCUAGGCUUGGCAAAGAGACAGUAAAUGACUCCCAUUGACCAAGAAUCCUACAUAUUGUCAUCAUUCUCAUCGGUUGGAGAUGUGGAAUCUUUUCUGUGAUGAGGCCAGUUCUGUCUACAAAAUAAUUCUGCCUAUAGCAUUAAUGCUUCUGCCCUUGCAUGAAAUUUCUGUAAUGUUUCCUUUUCUUGCUAAACUUCUCCCCGCUCACCAAAAUUGGAGUUGUUGUAAACAAUCCCAGUUCAAUUCUUUGUCAGCCCAAAAGAGAAUGCUUUGCUUGCAAAAGAGACUCCCAAGAGCCAGGGCCGAGGCUGUGCAUGUCUCCAGUGGCAUUUCUGGCACUGCCCUAGCUCAUCAGUGUGUUAAUUUGGAGCGCUGUGUUCUCUCUCCCCCUCGGUUAGGGACUUUGUAAGCUUCAGAUAACAUGAUCUGAAGCAAAGGUUUUCUGGGGAUUUGACAUUAUUGGGAAAGUUUGAAAAUGGUUAAUAUCGUGCUGAGUUAUCUAUCUAUCUGGUUGCUAUAACACUGGCUCCAUGAAAUGUCAGAUAUUUUGUCUAAAUCUACUUUAAUUGAGCUUCUGUAACUACCAACCACCACAUUCUAGUAUUGAGCAUCUCACUGCAGCUACGUCAUGUCUGUUCUGAACUUUGCUUGGCUCUCCAUUUUCGGCCAGAGUUCAGGCCUUCUUUGCCUUUCUUCUGUGUCUUAUUUCUGCCUUUGUCUGCUGUUUCUCACCCAACUCUGUCACUGUGGAGAGCAGAUGGCAAGACUUUCCUCCUUCCUUCAACUGACCUCAUAGCCUUCUAUUUUCAGCUCUCCUUACAAUGGUAUAAACAUCGGUUUGGCAAUCUAAGAUGUCUUUUAUCAAGGAUCAGCCCUUUUUCUAUUUGGUGUUGAAUCCUCUCUUUCAUGUAGAAAUCUACAUGUAUAUCUACAUGUAUAUACAAGAAGUGUAUUUUUAUCUGCAGGAUAAUAUUGUUUCACAUAAUUCUAUUAAUAGAGUUAACUUUUCAGCUAUUUCCCCUUUUUGGUGUGGUUUGGAAAUGUUCAUUGCAAUUUUUAGAACAUGCAUUCUAUGGACAACUUCUCUCUUAAUUAUAAAACUCAGCUGAAUGCAUUGUAAAAUCAAAAGUAAGAUAGGAUUCAGUGAACAGAAUUUGCUCUCGAUGCUAAUUAAAAGUAAACCCAUGAAUUUGAAUUUUGCUGUCAUGCUUAGUACUUGGAAUUGGUAUGUACCUUAUUAAAGCUUGACAACAUUUAGCAUUUCGAUCUUAGAUUUCAUCACAAAA